AUGCAUCCUCUCUGUUGUAUUUCCACCGUAUCGGAUCAUUCCCCAGUCAAACCUUUACCCGACAACGUCGCCAUGCCUCCUCAUCCACCUGUAACUACCGUAACAACCACUUCCUCUUCCGGCUCUUCAUUUAGAUCCAACUCGGUUCGAUCUAUGGUCCAAAUCCUGUGCCAGUCCGAUCAAAAUCAGAACAACCAACAUCGCCGUACUAGUAGCGUGGAUUUGAAUCGGAUGAGCCAGAGAAAUGGGACACCGUUGGGAAGAGAGGUUUCGAAGGCUCUGAAUCUGGCUCCGGCUCCGGCUCCUCCGCAGCAAGUGGAUGUGAAGAUAAACAACAUCGUGGGGAACGGAAUAUCGGGAGUGCUUUACAAAUGGGUGAAUUAUGGGAAAGGUUGGAAACCGAGAUGGUUCGUUUUGCAGGACGGAGUUUUAUCAUAUUAUAAAAUCCACGGACCUGAUAAAAUCGUCGUUAGCCAAGAAACGGAAAGAGGAUCCAAAGUUAUCGGCGAAGAAUCUCUCCGUCUUAUCUCCCGACAUCGCAAUUCCAUUUCUCGUCAUUCCCAAAACCGUCGGAAACCCUUUGGUGAAGUCCACCUAAAGGUUUCCACUAUAAGGGAGAGCAGAUCAGAUGAUAAGAGAUUCUCGAUCUUCACCGGAACUAAGAGGCUUCAUUUACGAGCCGAGGCUCGGGAUGAUCGGGUUGCGUGGGUGGAGGCGCUUCAGGCGGUUAAAGAUAUGUUUCCUAGGAUGUCAAAUAGCGAGCUCAUGGCUCCGAUGGACAAUGUGGCGGUUUCAACUGAAAAGUUGAGGCAACGGCUGAUGCAGGAAAGGGUAAACGAAUUGGCUAUCCAAGAUAGUGAACAGAUUAUGAAGAGUGAAUUCUCGGCAUUGCAGAACCAUCUAGUGUUGCUUAAACAGAAACAAAGUCUUCUCAUUGAUACCUUGCGUCAAUUAGAGACAGAAAAAGUUGAUCUGGAGAAUACAGUGGUUGAUGAGAGCCAAAACAAGUUGAUUGAUCUAGGGGCUUCUUCUAUGAUAAGGCAAGACAAGUCCAGUGAAGGAAGUUCAACUGACUCAGAUGAUGAUAAUGAAAGAGUUGACGCUGCAGAAGAAGAAACUGAUGAAGAUGACCAUACAUUCUUUGACACUCGUGACAUUUUGUCAUCAAGUUCUUUCAGAAGCAAUGGAUCUGAUCUCCGGACAUCAUCUUUUUCUUCUGAUGAUAAAGGUACUAUUGUUGAUGAUUCUGAAGACAACAUCGAUCCUUACAUCAAAUCUGUUGGAAGUAACUUUCCUAGCAUUAAACGACGAAAAAAGUUGCCUGACCCUGUUGAAAGGGAGAAAAGUGUAAGUCUUUGGUCAAUGAUCAAGGAGAAUAUUGGGAAAGACCUUACAAAAGUUUGUCUUCCUGUUUACUUCAAUGAGCCUCUCUCUUCUCUUCAAAAGUGUUUUGAGGAUCUGGAAUAUUCAUAUCUGCUUGAUCGUGCAUAUGAAUGGGGUAAAAGGGGAAAUAACCUAAUGAGAAUUCUUAAUGUGGCUGCAUUUGCUGUGUCUGGAUAUUCUUCAACAGAAGGAAGAAUUUGCAAACCCUUUAAUCCAUUAUUAGGAGAAACAUAUGAGGCUGACUUCCCAGAUAAAGGUGUACGCUUCUUCUCAGAGAAGGUCAGUCAUCAUCCUAUGAUUGUAGCAUGUCAUUGUCAGGGUACAGGAUGGAAGUUGUGGGGUGAUAGCAAUUUAAAGAGCAAAUUUUGGGGUCGCUCAAUUCAGCUAGAUCCUGUGGGUGUGUUGACCUUGGAGUUUGAUGAUGGAGAAGUGUUCAAGUGGAGUAAGGUGACGACAUCAAUAUACAAUCUCAUACUGGGAAAGUUGUACUGUGAUCACUAUGGUGCUAUGCGAAUAGAGGGGAAUCGUGACUAUUCAUGUAAGCUGAAAUUCAAGGAGCAGUCUAUCAUAGAUAGAAACCCUCACCAGGUACAUGGUGGAGUUCAAGAUAGAAAUGGAAAGACGGUGGCCACAUUAUUUGGAAAAUGGGAUGACAGCAUGCAUUAUGUGAAUGGAGAUUGUUCUGCAAAGGGAAAAGGACAGGACUCUUUGUCAGAAACCCAUCUGCUCUGGAAGCGGAGCAAGCCUCCUAAAUACCCCACCAGAUAUAACUUAACACGUUUUGCCAUCACAUUGAAUGAGCUCACUCCUGGUCUGAAGGAAAAGUUGCCUCCAACAGAUUCAAGGCUGAGACCUGAUCAAAGGUAUCUGGAAAAUGGGGAGUAUGAAAUGGCAAAUUCAGAGAAGCUGCGGUUGGAGCAGCGGCAACGACAGGCUCGGAACAUGCAAGAGAGAGGUUGGAAGCCAAGGUGGUUUGCAAAGGAUAAAAAUAGUGAUUCAUAUCGAUAUAUUGGUGGAUAUUGGGAGGCUAGAGAGCAACGGAAAUGGGAUUCAUGUCCUGAUAUUUUUGGCCAAAUCCCUUCUGAUCAUCCCCUUGACUAAAUUGAAAAUCCUUAUUUUUUUCCUUGUUGAUUCUUCUUCAAUUUUUUUCACCAGAUGUGAUGGGGCACGCAUCAACUGGGCCAAAUCAUUUUCGGGUUGCCCCGACAACAAGAAUGUAAGUUUUUAGAUUAAAAAGUUUAUUAAGAAAAUAAUAGAAGGUUAUUGUUUUUUUUCCAUCCUUUUGCUUCUGGGUUCAUAUUUGGUGAUGUGAUAACAAGUUGUGAUCCAUGAGAUUUAAGGAAAAGAAUUACACAGCGACUGGGUUUUAGUUUCUCAAAUAAAAACAACUAAUAAAAAAUACAAAUUUGGAA